CUCUACUUUAAGGGCUUUAAAAUCCCCUCUUCUGUCCACGCUUCUUUCACGACAGCUCCUGUCAAAUUACAGCAGCUCCCCGUCGCACACUUAACGACGCAGAUGACGUCAGAGUACACGGGACAGGAAAAGGCGCAGAGGAAUAAUACAGAAACAAGAUGGCAUCGGGCUCAGACUACGGGCUGAAAAGAAUAGUUUGGAAAAAACUAAAAGACACAAUUAUAGCAGACUGCAGGAAUUCUGAAGUAUGGAAGAUAUUGAUUCUGGACCCCUUCACCACCAAGCUGCUCUCAUCAUGCUGCAAAAUGUCCGAUCUGAUGUCAGAGAAAAUAACAAUUGUGGAGGACCUUUUCAAAAACAGAGAGCCUGUUCUAGAAAUGAAGGCCAUCUACUUCAUGUCACCGACCGCUAAGUGUGUGGAUGCCUUCAUUGCUGACUUCAAGACCAAACCUAAAUAUAAAGCAGCAUACGUUUAUUUCACCGACUGCUGUCCAGAUCAGCUGUUCAACAAAAUGAAGAUGCACUGUGCAAAGUACAUACGAGUGUGUAAGGAGAUAAACAUGUCCUUCAUGCCACAGGAGGCCCAGGUGUUCACAUGUGAUAAUCCCGAGGCUUUCAAAAGCAUCUACAGUCCUAACAGCCAGGACAAAAUGAAGACACUGGAGACCAUCGCAGACCAGCUCGUCUCACUGUGUGCCACGUUGGACGAGUACCCAGGAGUCAGAUACAAGAAAGACAGCAACAUUGAGAACGCCAAGACCCUCGCAGAGCUGGUGGACGACAAACUGGCCAAACAUUACGAGCUGGAUGACAGCGGCAAGAAAAAGGGAAAGACCCAGGCCCAGCUGCUGAUAGUGGAGAGAGGUUUUGACCCCGUCAGCCCCAUCCUGCAUGAGCUGACCUACCAGGCCAUGGCUUACGACCUCAUUGAUAUCAAGAACGACACCUACAAAUACAAAGGUGAAGAUGGCCCGGAGAAGGAAGCCCAGCUGACUGAGGACGAUCAGCUCUGGAUUCAGCUGAGGCACAAGCACAUCGCUGAAGUAGGAGAACAAAUCCCCAAGCUGGUAAAGGAAAUAGCUGCUAGCAAGAAGAAGCCAGAUGGAAAGAUCACAAUUGCCAAUUUGUCCCAGAUGAUGAAGAAGAUGCCAGCAUUCCGUAAACAAAUGACAGAGAAAAAGGUUCAUCUGCAUUUGGCCGAGGACUGCAUGAAACAUUACUCAAACAACGUGGAGAAACUCUGCAAAGCUGAACAGGACCUUGCAGUAGGGUCAGAUGUGGAGGGGGUGAAGGUGAAAGACGCCAUGAGGACCCUGCUGCCUGUGCUGCUCCACCCAUACAACCCCCCCGACAAGAUCAGAGCUGUGCUGCUCUACAUCUUCAGCCUCAACGGAACAACAACUGAGAACUUAAACAAACUCAUCCAGCAUGUAAAGAUUGAGGACCAACAAGAGUUCAUCUUGAACUGGAAAUCACUGGGAGUCCCCAUCAUCACAUCGCCUAGUUUCUUCCCACGUAAACCAACCAGACGCGAUCGUUCCCAGGAGGACACUUACAAGCUUUCCAGAUGGACUCCUGUCAUAAAAGAUGUGAUGGAGGAUGCCAUGGAGAACAAACUGGAAACCAAAGAGUGGCCGCAUGUGUCUGAGAGUCCUGCUGCCUGGAAUGGCUCCGGGGCCGUCAGCGCCCGUCAGAAGCACAAAGCCAGCUCUCAGGAUGAACGCCGGACCGGCUCACGCCUCAUCGUUUUUGUUGUGGGAGGGAUGAGCUACUCUGAGAUGCGCUGUGCCUACGAGGUCACGCAGACAGUCAAAUCCUGCGAGGUCAUCAUAGGGUCUUCUCACAUUUUGACCCCAACCAGUCUCCUGAAUGACAUCAAGGCUCUGAGCAAAGCCCCCAUGGAAUCGUUUUUAAUUGAGGAAAGGAGCAACGCCUGAGAGGUUUCCCCUAACGCCAAAACGUUACCCCGCCUCGCUACAUCUCAUAUUACUCAGCACAGUGCACUCAACUCCGCUUCCUGUGUGGAAGAUUUAAGGGAAUUUGCCUUAUACUUAUUUGUAUUCUUAUGUUUUAAUACUCUUUUCAACCAUGGGGCACAUGUAUAGUAGGCAUGAAGAAAAAUAUGUUUUUUACUUGGUUGGAUCAAUAAUAUUAAAAUGGAAUUGUCCUAAUCUUACUAUAAACAUUUAAGUUAAUAUGUUUAAUCUGCCUAAUUGCAUUCUGGUUAUUUGACAUGUUGAAAGACCUCUGAGGAACUUUCAGAGACAGAAUUGAGAUGGUAAGUAGCACAAAGCUAAUGUAUAUACUGUAUACUUCUUUAAUUGAACAACUGACUAAUAAAUGGAGGAAGUGGUUCAAAUAUG